CACAAAGCUUUUACAUGGUGGCACAAAUAGAUCUCGAAUCACGACAACAUGUUAAACUGGUUCAAUUUGUCAGAUUUCCAGCCAGUAAAUCAUCCCUGAAGAAGGUGACUGAGGGAACUGAGCUCCAUAAAUAUGCCCUGUCUCUGAUCUCGGGGUUCGGCCAAUCACAGUUCAGGGACUUUAAGGUCCUUCAUACCUGGAAGCUCUUCGGAAGUGAACUUGAUGUUGGUAAUUGUGAGGGCGUUUCUACAAUGGUCCUCACACUCCCUUAUGUCAUUGAAAGCAGCAUGAUAAAAUGGAUUACACAUCUUUCAGAUAAUCUGAUUCAACCGAAAGAAGAGGAAGAACCUGAGGAGCUGAGAAAAGCUUCUGAGGAUGUAGAUCUCCAGGAGUUCCACCCUUCACAACACAAUAAGUUUGAUGCAUGCUACACUGUGGUAAAGGUUUUAGCGAAAGAAUGGUACGGUGCGGUCUACACUGGAGUCCGCAAAGCAGAUGGGAAAGAAGUUGGCAUUAAGUGUUUGAUGAAAGACCCCGUAGAUGAGCUCAUCACCAUCCCCGGACUGUUGCACAUUCUGCCUCUGGAGGUGGCAUUAAUCAAGCUGGUGUCCAGGCCUCCUCUCUGUGAGAAUGUGGUGGAGUUGCUGGAUUGGUUUGAGACGACCAAUUUCUACAUCUUGGUGGUGGAGCGACCCAACCCCUGCAUGGACCUCCGCAACUUCUGUAAACUUGGCAACAGUCGGUUGCCAGAACCAGUGGCUCAGAAGCUCAUGCAGCAGGUGGUUCGAGCUGCUCGUCACUGCUGUGAGCAUGGAGUUCUUCACUGUGACUUUGAGCAGAAUCUUCUGAUAAAUCCAGACACACUGGAAGUGAAGUUGGUGGACUUUGGCUGUGCUGAGGUGAUGACGGACGAGCUCUACACAGACUUCCCAGGAAAUCCAGCUUUCUCUCCUCCUGAAUGGGUACGAUACAGAAAGUACUUUGGAUUUUCAGCCAUCAUCUGGGGUAUAGGUGUUCUCCUGUUUGAGUUGGUCUGUGGAGAGUUGCCCUUUGGCAAUGAAAAGGAAAUUGUUCAGGGGCAUCUGCCAUUCAUUCCUGGCCUGUCUGAUGAGUGCUGCAACCUCAUACAGCAGUGCCUAAACAAAGACCCUGAACAUCGACCAACUUUCAAGGAAAUCCUGGACCACAAGUGGUUCGAGGAGGGACUUCAGGACAUGACCAUGUUGGUGGUUAAAGGAGCUAAAGAUCAUCCAUGCCGGACAGGGGAGUCCGAUGUCCUGCAGUGGGAUGAAAAAUUUUCUGAUCAUCUAAUGAGGACUAACAUGGAGAAGGACAAGCUGAUAAAAUAUAUCCAGGAGAAAUGUCAGGAGUGUUUGCUCCACUUGAAUGAACCUGAGGAGCAAUUUUCCUAUUUCUUUUGGUUGAUUAUGGAGCGCUUCUGUAAGAGAAAUGGAAGAGCAAUGAUGGUGGAAUUCUCUGUGCUGCUCUUCAAGGGCUAUGGCCUUUUGAUGAGAAAGCUUGGAUAUGUGCAGAGCCUAGAGAGCUGGUGUCUUCCUCUGGCAAAGCUUUUAUGCUCCAAAUCUCCAAGAAUUAAGCAGAGAGAAGAUGUUAUUUCAUUGGGAAAUGAUUUUGCUUUCAAAGGAUGGAUCUAUCCAGCACAAAUAUGCUACAUGGUGGCACAAAUGGAGCUGGUAUCACAACCACAUUUUCAACUGACUGGAUCUGAGAGUUAUUCAGACCUGAAGAAAGUAAAAACUGAGGUCUAUAAAUAUAUGGGGUCACACUUCAAGGAGGAAGAAUCAAAGGAGCUGAGAAAACUUUGCCAGCCCCUUGAAAGCAAAUCAGAAGUGUUUAUCUCACGUGGCCCUGAGUGUCAGGAUGUAUCAGGAUCCCCACCUGAGUGGUCACAGGACAGUCGGCAGUUUGGCGAUCAUGUUACCCUGUGGGGUUUGGGUUUUCUGUAUGAGUUGGUCAGUGGAGAUUUGCCCUCUGGUAGCAAAGAGGAGAUUGUUGAGGGCCACCUGCCCUCCGUUCCUGGUGUGUCUGAUGCUUCCAAAGGAUGGAUCAGUCCUGCACAAAGCUUUUACGUGGUGGCACAAAUAGAUCUCGAAUCACGACAACAUGUUAAACUGGUUCAAUUUGUCAGAUUUCCAGCCAGUAAAUCAUCCCUGAAGAAGGUGACUGAGGGAACUGAGCUCCAUAAAUAUGCCCUGUCUCUGAUCUCGGGGUUCAGCCAAUCACAGUUCAGGGACUUUAAGGUCCUUCAUACCUGGAAGCUCUUCGGAAGUGAACUUGAUGUUGGUAAUUGUGAGGGCGUUUCUACAAUGGUCCUCACACUCCCUUAUGUCAUUGAAAGCAGCAUGAUAAAAUGGAUUACACAUCUUUCAAAUAAUCUGAUUCAACCAAAAGAAGAGGAAGAACCUGAGGAGCUGAGAAAAGCUUCUUAGGAUGUAGAUCUCCAGGAGUUCCACCCUUUACAACACACUCUGAUUGUUGCACAUUUCGCCUCUGGAAGUGGCAUUAAUCAAGCUGGUGUCCAGGCCUCCUCCUCUCUGUGAAAAUGUAGUGGAGUUGCUGGAUUGGUUCGAGACAUUCAAUUUCUACAUCUUGGUGGUGGAGCGACCCAACCCCUGCAUGG